AACGAACAACAUAACGCGUAUAAAUGGUUUUUUAAAUCGUUUGCACUCAGCAGUUUGCAUUCGCUUCUUAACACACGCAAAACAAAGCACGGAAAUUAGCUGACUAUCAAUUGCAAAACAAAAAAGUAAAAAAAAAAGAAAACGACGUAAGCUAGACUAGAAUUUUUUUUUAAUUGCUUUGUCAGCGCCAUUUUGACGUAGAGCAGGCACCGCGUUUAGAAUGCGAUUCUUUAUAGCGACUGUGUCGCUGUUGUUGGCCUUGGUGGCCAACGCCGCUGGACAGGAUGACCCGCAUAUGCUGAGCGAUGAAUUCAUUGAGCUGGUGAAGAACAAGGCUGAAACAUGGACGGCUGGUCGCAAUUUCGCCAAGGACGUGUCCGAGCGUCAUAUACGCGGUCUAAUGGGCGUCCAUCCGGAUGCGCAUAAAUUCCAGCUGCCGGAUAAGCGUCAUGUGAUGCCCGAACUAACUGAAAGCGAUGGCGGCGAUUUACCGGAAGAGUUCGAUGCACGCACAGCUUGGCCAAAUUGUCCAACAAUUGGUGAAAUCCGUGAUCAAGGCUCCUGCGGAUCCUGCUGGGCCUUUGGUGCUGUUGAAGCAAUGUCGGAUCGUGUGUGCAUACACUCCAAUGCAACGGUCAACUUCCACUUUUCGGCUGACGAUCUGGUGUCCUGUUGCCACACCUGCGGCUUUGGAUGCAACGGAGGCUUCCCCGGCGCCGCCUGGAGCUAUUGGACCCACAAGGGCAUCGUCAGUGGCGGUUCCUAUGAAUCCAAAGAGGGUUGCCGACCAUACGAAAUUGCACCAUGUGAACAUCAUGUGAAUGGCACUCGUCCGCCAUGCUCGCAGGGCAGCACACCAAAGUGCAGGCAUCAGUGUGAGUCCAGCUAUUCGGUGGAUUAUGCCAAGGAUAAGCAUUAUGGUGCCAAAUCGUAUUCGAUCAAUCGCAAUCCGGUUGAUAUUCAACGCGAAAUCCUGACAAAUGGCCCCGUUGAGGGCGCAUUCACCGUAUACGAGGAUCUGAUAUUGUACAAGAGCGGUGUGUAUCAGCAUGUCCAUGGUAGGGCAUUGGGCGGUCAUGCUAUUCGCAUCCUCGGCUGGGGAGUUUGGGGUGACAACAAGGUGCCCUAUUGGCUCAUUGGCAACUCGUGGAACACCGACUGGGGUGACAAUGGUUUCUUCCGCAUUCUGCGCGGCGAGGAUCACUGCGGCAUUGAGAGUUCCAUUUCAGCUGGUCUGCCCAAGCUUUAAACACUUAACAAAUAUGUUCUUUAAACAAAAUGUCUUUAAAUGCAAAUGUGCAUGUAAUAACGCCUUCAAAACUUUCCACUAUCAAACUAUGUAAUGACAAAUGAAAAGCUUAGUGAAUAAAUUAAUCGAACUAAUUAUAUGAACAA